GCUUUUGCUUCACACACUGUCCAACUUGAACUUGAGGGUACAGAUUCUGUUGGAUACAGACAUCCUUCCAUCACAGCCUUGCCUUAGCAAAUAGAUCACAGAAACCUUGUGAACAAGCUCUGGGAUUAACUUCCAUGCGUGCACCUUAUCUUUCAAGGAGACAGCCGCAGCCAGAGUAGACUAUUUAAAGACUUGUUCUUCCUACAUCGAGACAGCACCCACUCUUUCAUCCAUCCUUUCCAAACUUCACGACACCAUGACUACCCGCUCCCUUCCUAGCAAUGGCAGCUCUGCCUUUGACUACAUCAUCGUUGGCGGAGGCACUGCCGGCUGUGUGAUUGCCUCUAGGCUCUCAAGCUAUCUGCCUGAACGACGCAUUCUUCUCAUCGAGGCUGGUCCCUCCGACUUUAACCUCAACCAUGUCCUCAACCUGCGAGAAUGGCUGAGCUUGCUGGGCGGCGAGCUCGACUACAAUUAUGGCACAACGGAGCAGCCCAUGGGUAACAGCCAUAUCCGCCAUUCUCGUGCCAAGGUUCUUGGAGGAUGCUCGUCACAUAACACCCUCAUUUCCUUCCGUCCUUUCCGCCAUGAUAUGGACCGGUGGGUUGCUCAGGGCUGCAAAGGCUGGACCUUUGAAAAUGUUACUCGUCACAUUGACAAUCUCCGCAACACCUUUCAGCCUGUCCAUGCCCGCCACCGCAAUCAGCUGUGCAAGGACUGGGUCCAGGCUUGCUCCUCUGCUCUCGAUAUCCCAGUCAUUGACGACUUCAACACCGAGAUUCGCGAGAAGGGCCAGCUUACGCAGGGUGCAGGCUUCUUCAAUGUCUCGUAUAACCCUGAUAAUGGUCGCCGGAGCAGCGCGUCUGUCGCCUACAUCCAUCCCAUUCUGCGCGGCGAGGAGCGGCGGCCAAACCUCACUAUCCUGACCGAGGCUCAUGUCUCCAAAGUCCUGGUUGAGAAUGACGUUGCCAGUGGCAUUGUUCUUCACCUGGCAUCGGGCCAGAAGACGGUGCUGAAGCCCCGCAAGGAAAUUAUCCUUUGUGCUGGCGCUGUUGACACACCUCGUCUGAUGCUUCACUCUGGACUUGGCCCGCGCUCGCAGCUCGAGGGUCUGGGGAUUCCCGUUGUUAAGGAUAUUCCAGGAGUUGGCGAGAACCUGCUUGAUCACCCAGAGACAAUCAUUAUGUGGGAGCUCAACACCCCAGUUCCUCCCAACCAGACCACCAUGGACUCAGAUGCCGGUGUCUUCAUCCGUCGAGAACCCACCAAUGCCGCUGGCAGCGAUGGAGAUGCUGCCGACAUCAUGAUGCACUGCUACCAGAUUCCAUUCACACUCAACACUGAGCGACUGGGCUAUCGCCAAAUCCCCGACGGCUAUGCAUUCUGCAUGACUCCCAACAUUCCCCGGCCGAGAUCUCGAGGUCGCAUCUACCUGACUUCCGCCGAUCCCGCAGUCAAGCCGGCUCUAGAUUUCCGCUACUUUACCGACCCCGAGGGCUACGAUGCUGCCACUUUUGUUGCCGGUAUCAAGGCGGCUCGUAAAGUUGCUGAGCAAAGUCCUUUCAAGGAGUGGCUGAAGGAAGAAGUUGCUCCCGGCCCCAAGGUACAGACCGACGAACAGAUUAGCGAAUACGCUCGCCGUGCCGCUCAUACCGUCUACCACCCUGCCGGCACCACCAAGAUGGGCGAUGUGACCAAGGAUGAGGCAGCAGUCGUAGAUCACGAGCUCAAGGUCCGGGGAAUCAAGAAGCUGCGCAUUGCUGACGCUGGUGUAUUCCCAGAGAUGCCCUCUAUCAACCCCAUGCUUACGGUGCUGGCUAUUGGCGAGCGAGCGGCAGAGCUGAUUGCCAUGGAAGAGGGUUGGAAGCCCAAGACGUCGAGAUUGUAGAUGAAAUACCCACACACUUUCAUUGGACGGAGUACAACUGGAGUUGACACAUAGACUUUAUUUAUUACAUGGUAGAGUUAAAAUGGGACGAGGAGCGCUUUGGUAUUCAGCCAGGCUGCGCGAUAGAUUCGUCGCCACUUGUAUUUGUAUUCUCUGACGUCUUUACGAUAACGAUAUCCCUUUAGGUAGAAGAAAAGAAAUGUUAUCUCAAUUAUAUUU